AUGCGCAUGACUCUCUCAUUUUGUCCAAACGGGUCAUCUUCAAAGCCUUCACAAGCACAGCCUGCCGAGCCUGGCUGUCCUUUCUACAAAAAAAUUGGGGCCUGCAGGCACGGCACAAAGUGUUCACGCUCGCAUAUUGUUCCAGAAAGCAGCAAAACUAUAAUCUUAAAGAAUUUCCACUGUGGCUUUGACAACCUUGUUAGACCAGGGUCUUCAGAAAGUACAGCUCAGCAUGAUUUUGAUGACUUUUACGUAGAAGUGUAUACUGAAAUAGACGAACAAUAUGGUAAAAUCGAAGAGAUGAUAGUAAGUGACAACGUUGGAGAGCAUAUGAUCGGCAAUGUUUACAUUAAAUUUUGCGACGAAUCGAACGCCAGGAAAGCAGUUGAUGAUCUCAACAACCGGUGGUUUGAUGGAAGGCCAAUUCAUUGUGAGUUUUCUCCCGUACAAGAUUUCAAAGCUGCCUGUUGUCGUCAGUAUGACCACGGAGAAUGCGAUAGAGGAAAAUUUUGCAAUUUUUUGCAUUUAAAACAAGUUAGUAUGACUGUUAAAAAAAAGUUGCUGAAAAGAAGAGGAAGAAUGCAAAAAAAGCGCUUAAAGGCCAAAAGUAGUGUAAAAUCAAAAAGAAAAGAGGAUGACGAUAUGCUACCUAAAAAGUAUCAAAACACUUCCAGCACAGAGGAAUCAUGGUCUGACAACGAUGUCGACACCAGAACCAGUAUAUCAGAAUCUUCAACUCCAAAUGCGUUCCGCGAAGACCGUUAUCCGUCGGACGCCAGCGAUUCUGUCUCUGAUGACGAUUCCAUUGUAAUUACACAUAUGCAGAUGCUGAGAAGGCAAAAAUGGGAAGAAUUACGGAGUCGACUAUCCUACCACCCAAAAUGGGACGAUGAUCGAGAAAGGAAUUUCGUAUUUAGUCUUCUAUGA